UCUCUCUCUCUCUCUCUCUCUCUAAAACCAAACUUCAUCACAUUACAGCUCACACCCACAUCUCCUAAGUUUUGCAAUUCUUCAGUCUCAUUUCUGAGCAUCAAAUUCAGCUUCCAAUGGCUCUCAAUUUCAUCUUCCUCCUCAUUCUCUGUCUCACUGUUCCUCUCCAAGUCGUGUAUUCUUCUAGGAAGUUGGAUGAAACCACCGUGCCGGCCGGCGAUCGGAAAUGCUCGCCCUGUGGUGACUACAGCUCUCCACCACCCCCUCCUCCUGCGCUUCCACCGCCAUCUCCGCCGCCUCCUUCCCCAAAGAAAUCACCUUCACAGUAUUGUCCGCCACCGCCACCGCCCCCUUCUUUCAUCUACAUAACCGGUCCUCCCAGCAACCUGUAUCCGGUGGAUGAGAACUUCAACAGCGCAAGUCGCCGGAGUUUUCUGCCGGCGGCAGCCGUAUUGCCGGGCUUGGUGACCUUGCUUCUGGGCUUUUGGUGAUCGUGAGGUAUCAGUUAAUCAUGCCAUCAUACUCAUACCACUUCUGAUCAUUCUCGAGGCAGUAAUAUAUAGAAGAGAUCAAUUCAGGAAAACUAUGGUUUACAUGUAAUCAAGAUUCAAUUUUUAGGAUAUCUACAUGGAGAAUUUUAUUGCUUUCUUCAGUUUUCUUACCUUUUUUGUGAUCCCAAUGUCCUCCAAUAACCAUCUUUCUGGAAUUUGCUGUCGAACAUGUAAGCAAUUAGUGCUUCUUAUCUUUUUA